CGAACAGGAAGUGUGACAUUUUAGAAUCAGGCUCCGAAACGCAGCCCGGCUCAUUCCCAAACAUGCAUCGUUUCUUAACUCGUUUUAAAUAGUGGCGCUUUGGUUUGACUGCAGAACAACAUGGGGACCGCGUUUGCCAUCAUCCUGGUUUUUGUCGGGUGUUGUAGUAACGUGGUGACUCUGGAGCUGCUUGUACGAGAGUUUCCAGGAUGUGGCAACCUGGUUACGUUUGCCCAGUUUUUGUUCAUCGCCUUGGAAGGGUUCAUCUUCGAGACGAACUUUGGCAGGAAGAAAGCUGUGAUCCCCAUCAGGAACUAUAUGAUCAUGGUGACCAUGUUCUUCACCGUUAGUGUGGUCAAUAAUUACGCUCUCAACUUCAACAUAGCUAUGCCGUUGCACAUGAUCUUCAGAUCAGUAAGUGCUCCUGAAAGCAUGAUAACAUUUCCUGCACCUGUGUGGGUUCAUACCAGUCCAAUGUCUCUGCAGGGGUCGCUGAUCGCCAACAUGAUCUUAGGCGUGAUCAUCCUCAAGAAGAGGUAUUCAACUGGGAAAUAUUUGUCAAUAGCUCUAGUUUCAGCAGGCAUCUUCAUCUGCACCAUCAUGUCCGCCAAGCAAGUGAGUGCAUCCAGUGAGGGAUCAGAGGAGGAAAGCUUUUCUGUCUUUGUGCACUGGUUGAUAGGCAUCGCCAUGUUGACCUUUGCUCUGCUGAUGUCGGCUCGGAUGGGCAUUUUCCAGGAGACGCUGUACAAACAAUAUGGAAAACACCCCAAAGAGGCCCUCUUCUAUAACCACUGCCUGCCCCUGCCGGGGUUCCUGCUUCUUUCUACAGACAUCUACAACUAUUGCAACCAUUUUAGCCAGAGCACUCCUGUACUCGUUCCUGUGGUGGGACUGACCGUACCAAUCAUGUGGAUCUACCUUCUAAUCAACGUUAUCACACAAUAUGUCUGUAUUCGGGGAGUUUUUGUCUUGACCACAGAGUGCACGUCGCUGACGGUCACCUUAGUGGUGACGCUACGAAAGUUCCUCAGCCUCAUUUUCUCCAUCAUUUACUUCCAAAACCCCUUCACUGCGUGGCACUGGUUGGGCACGUUCGUGGUCUUUGUGGGGACUCUGCUUUACACCGAGGUGCUGAGCAGCAUCCAGGCAGCUCUCCGGGGAACCGGAACGAAGAAGGCGGAGUAAUACAGCAAGCCUGGAGGAUGGGAAAAUGUUCCCCAUGUUGGGCUUUUUAAUACACCCACAGCUAUUUUUAUAAAAUUAGUUAUUUUGCUGUGGUUCUUCAAUCAAGUCAGUCAAAAGGUUUCACUAAAAACAAAUUGUCAUAUUUUCCAUUUAUAAAUAUGGAUUGAAUCAUGUUUGUAGUUUUCAUAAUUCUGAACGUGUUAGGAUGUUCUUUGUGUGGUCGACACUCCAACUCAAAAAGUACAUAAGUAUCUGUAAAUUAUGUAUUAUUUCAUUUGCAAAAGGAUUUCUUGACCUUUACUGUGCCUCUGUAACCUUAUAAAAAUAGAUGUGCUCAAGUAUGUGUUGUUUAGCUCUGUGUCUGAUAUGAAAGAGGUGGACAGUUUGUCCUGAGUCCAAAUCUUAAAAAAAGUUUUUAAAUGACUGUGUGCAAUAUGGAUUUCACCAAACCAACUGUAUAAACAAUUUCAGCCAUGUUUGUUGUUUUUCUGUCUGAGCGUUCCCAAUAGUCUUUUAAUUAUGAUCAUGCUGUUUUUAG